UAAAUACGUACUUGCGAUGAUUUAAAGAAGUUCCACUCAGCGUAACCGUAUUUUACAACACGCCAUUAGCAUAUGACUACAUGACGUAUACGUGUUUAUUGACACAGAUAAGCUUCAGUGCUCUCUCUUCCGGUGUUCAACAGCUCAGGUGUACCACGUGUGCAAGUUAAUCGAUCGAGAAAACAACAAACAUGACAGAAAAUGGUGACAACAAACCGAAAAAAGCACGGUUGGAGGACGACCCUUUUCGAUGGCCAGGCUACACAGGCGAAGGAUAUCCAGAGCUUUGCGAUCUCCGCGCAAUGCCCGCACAGCCCAAGGAGCUCAAACCUGGACAACUGCCAGAGAAAUUGAUUCGCCAGUAUUUUGAAGAGGGCUACUUGAUCAUCAAAGAUUUCUUCACUGAUGACGAGCUCCAGGCCUGUAGGGACGACCUGGAGGACGAAGUGGACAAGCUGGCUAUAAAGUUGUACAAGGCCGGCAAAAUUAAAAAUCUGUACGAGGAGUAUGACCUUGACCAUCGCUUGAUUAAAAUAGACGAAGAGUGGCCGGGAGCAGUCAUACUUCUUCAUAAAAUCGGACGUUUACCCCCGUCCUUCAGAAAUCUAUGGGGUAACGAAAGGCUUCUAAAUUUGAUGGAACAACUGAUUGGCCCAGACAUUGCUGGUAUGCCCAAUUGGAAUUUACGUGACAAAACGCCCCACAACGAGGCCACGACUGUCCCGUGGCAUCAAGAUGCGGGAUAUUUGUCUACAGACAUUUAUAAAGUGUUCAUGCCGACUGUUUGGAUCCCAUUUGUAAACACAAAUAAACAGAACGGAUGUAUGGAGGUCAUACCUAAAGGUCAUCUGAGUGGAAAAGUGGCGGUUCACCAGUGCUGUGCUGGGGACACGUGGUACAUCAUGUUGGAGGAAGAGGAGAUGAAAAAGAGGCUGGGGUGUUCAACAAAGGAUGCGGUCGUGUGUGAAAUACCAUAUGGAGGGUUUCUGCUAUUCAAUAAUUUCAUUCCCCAUCGAAGUUUAGACAACAAGGCGGACCACAUUCGUUGGAGCGUAGAUCUGAGGUUCAAAGUUCCGGGCGAAAACAACGGGAUGUUUGGAUUGAAACCUGAUGUCAUCAUGCGUACUAAGGAAAAUCCGACCAUGGAAAUAGAUUGGGAAACGUUUGAUUCCGUGAAUAGGACUGAGCUGCAGAUGAAAUCUGUCAGCGAUAUUGUCAGCGUUAAAGAAGAUCAAGAAUUUGAUACAACAGUUCAGGGACCUUGGAUGAGAAAAUGGGAGAUAACUCACAUUAAUACGCAUGUCAAAAAACAUCAAGAGACGGAAAAAGCAAAGAGCUGAGAGAAAUUUCCAGAUAUUUUAGAAAAUAUCUUAAAUUGAAAUUCGCUGUGAUUUAAAUGUGAUUUUAAAGUAUAUUUAAUAUGAUGACAUUAUUUUUAAAAGCAUUUUAUGAAGAGCUUUUUCAUUUACACAUUCCAUUUUUAAAAACUAUUUGUCUUGUGAAGACGUAAUAAUGUUCUGAAUGAAUUCUAAUGUUUGUACUGAUUAUCAGGAAUAAAAUACCUUAUUACUGCA